CGACGAUAACAACAAUGUCGACGGUUUGUUUUUGAUGUCAAAAAAAAAAAAGAAAAAGAACAAUGUCGACGCUUCUCACGACGGGAUUCAAUCUAUCUCAUCAUCGCUCUUUUAGAACCCACCGUCUCAAGCUCUUAUCUCGUUCCAUAGAUUCGUCUUCUUCUUCAAUCUCUCGGAAGGGCAAACGAGUAAGUUUCACAUCGUAGAUUUGGUAUCUACCUCUGUGUGCAGUUGAUCAAAAACUCGAAGCUUUCUGGAGAUUUCAGCGGAAAGAUCAAAGUCGUAGACUAUGCUCCACUAAUCGAAAGCUUAAGCAAGAGAAGCUUGCCUGAAGUAGCUCAUGAGGUUUUUAUUCGAAUGAAAUCAGACAACUUGGUCCCUAACUAUAUAACCCUUUCCGCUCUUAUGCUCUGCUUUGCUGAGAAUGGUUCGGUUCAUCGAGCUCGUAGUAUCUGGGAGGAGAUGUUAAACAGCUCUUUCGUGCCUGAUCUCUUUGUCAUCUCAAAGCUUAUCUCUGCUUAUGAGCAGAUUGGUUGUUUUAGUGAAGUUGCCAAAAUCACCAAGGAGAUAGGAGCAAGGCAUCCUAAGCUGCUUCCUUUCGUAUGCUCGCUUGCUAUUUGCUGUCUUGGAAAGAAUGCGCAGUUAGAGUUGAUGGAGGAUACUAUAGAUGAAUUGGAUUCAAAGGGAAUCUCUUUAGAUGCCCGCACUUGUAAAGCAGUUGUCAGAUACUAUAGCUCUUUUAGUACAUUGGAGAAGAUGGAGCAGGCUUAUAGCCGGCUCAAGAAGUCUGGAGUUGCGGUCGAGGAAGAAGAGAUAAGAGCUGUGUUGUUAGCAUACUUGAAACAAAGGAAGUUUUAUCGGCUACGUGAGUUUUGUUCAGACGUUGGUCUUGGUAGAAGAAAACUUGGAAACGUCUUGUGGAAUUCUGUGUUACUGUCGUAUGCAGCUGAGUUCAAGAUGAAAAGCCUGCAGAGAGAGCUCCUUGGAAUGCUUGGCACGGGCUUCUCUCCUGACCUUACCACCUUUAACAUCAGGACACUCGCGUUUUCUAGGAUGGCUCUUUUCUGGGACCUGCAUCUCACUCUCGAACAUAUGAGACGUUUGAAGAUUGUUCCGGAUCUUGUGACUUUUGGAUGCGUGGUCGAUGCAUACAUGGAUAAGCGGCUAUCGAGGAAUUUGGAGUUUGUAUACAGACGAAUGAACUUGGACGAUCCUCCUGUUGUCUUGACUGAUCCACUUGUGUUUGAAGUAAUGGGGAAAGGGGAUUUCCAUCUUAGCUCAGAAGCUGUUUUGGAGUUUGGCCAACGGAAAAACUGGACGUAUAGAAAGCUAAUUGGAGUUUAUCUCAAGAAAAAGUUUCGGAGAGACCAGAUUUUCUGGAAUUACUAACCACCACCUGCCACCUCUUUUGCUGAAGAAGGCUCUCACGCUUUGCUUGGUAUCACAAUCUCCGUGAUAUACUUAUCAAAUGCUUGAAACACUGAGGCUCUGAGGUAUCUCGCAACUAGGUUUUGUUAAAUGUUGUAUAUACAGUGUUUUAGUUUUUUUUUUGUUUUCUUUAUUUUGUAUGGUCUAGAGUUAGACUUAGUUUAGCAUGCCUCUAAUGCACAAUUGUUGGUUACAACUCUAUUCUUUAGCAAUGUAUGUCCAUAUUUUU